CCAUGCAGUGCUGUUCUAGCGGUGGUGCGGUAAAGUUUUAACAACUAUUCUUCUUUUCACGAUGUAAAAUAAUUCCACGAAACAAGACGGAAACAAGUGAUAAAACCGCAUGUGAAAACUGCACUAAGUUACCACUCAUAUAAUAUAGAACCAAGGCUUCAGUAGGCAGGACACAUCACCAUGCAGUGCUGUUCUAACUGUGCUGUGAACAUGACGGAAUCUAUCGACUUGAGCACCGACCCCAAUGGAGCAUGGGAGAUUUUGAAGGACAGGCUUACAGUGGACAUCGUGGAACCUCUUCCUGCCACAACUCCGAUCUCGGAGGACAAGGUGAGGUUUGUGUGUGUGAGUGAUACCCAUGUCAAGACAGAUGACAUGACUCACCCAAUGCCAGAUGGUGACGUUCUACUGCACUCUGGUGACUUUACUUACACUGGGUCUCUCUCUGAAGCAGAAAAAUUCAAUAAUUGGUUAGGUACACUGCCUUACAAGCACAAGGUCGUGAUCGCAGGGAACCACGAAAUUAUUUUAGACGAGGAUUCGUGUAUGAAACCCCGACCCGCUGAGGAGGUCAUCACCAAUGCCACAUACCUUCAAGAUUCCUCUACUACUGUGUACGGUUUUAAGAUCUAUGGCUCACCCUGGACGCCUGAGUACCACGUUAUGGCCUUCAACCUAACGCGAGGAGAACCACUUCGAAAUAAAUGGAAAAAGAUUCCCCGAGACGUGGACAUAUUAAUGACCCACGGGCCGCCCUUGGGUUAUGGCGACCUCACCUGGCGAGGCGACCGGGCGGGAUGUGUUGACCUAAUGCAAAUGUUGCAAACCAAAAUCAAACCCAAGUAUCACAUAUACGGUCACAUACACGAGGGCUACGGAAUGACUACAAACGGACGUACGAAUUUCAUCAACGCUUCCACGUGCGACCGUUUCUACAAGCCAGUGAACGCCCCUUUAGUCUUCGAUCUUCCGCUUCCUUCAGGUGUCUCUAAGUCCACGGCGGAAUUAGGCUAAGGAGAGACGAAAGAAAUUAAAUGGGAUGACUGAGGAAGCAAGAAGCCCCCAAAAUAAAGGAGGAAAGGAAUGGAGGGAAGGAAGGAAGGGAGAUAACGAAAAGACGAGAUAACUGUAAAUGGGACCUUUGAUUUGAUAACAUUGAGGAUGUGAUUUGCCGUCUGGUAUUAUUUCCUGCUUAUAGCCGACCAGGGGACUUGCUUUCACCAAGGGUAUUAUAUUGUAGCAAUAAUUUGAAACCAUAUUUUAGAAAGGGUCAUAUAUCAAGAUGAAAUAUAAAAAAAAAUCUAAAGAAUGUGAUACCAUAGUUAUAAUUAAGUAUAUUUUUGUACUAAUUUUGAAUGCACUAAAUGUACAUGAAUGACGAGGAGAGAUUUCCUGAAUCUUCCGAGUCAUCACUACUCAUUGUGAAGUGUUAUCACGACGUUAAGAUUUGGUAUUAUAGGAUGAGCUAGGUACUGCAUUCGCAUGGGGCCCUCGGCAUAUUAUUUUGAGACUUCAGACUGUCUUGAAAAUUCUGCUUCCCCUUUCAUUCCUCUUGUUAUGUGCUAAAACCAUCCCAACAUACUACGAAUUUCUUCUGAUCGCAUUUAUCAUUGCGAAGCAGAGUAAAGUGUUAAAAAGACCUUGCUGAACAUUUAGCAAAGCCUAAGGAUGUGUUGAUAUUCCCAAUGGAAAAUGGCCUUAACCUUUUUCUUGACAGUAUCCUACUUUGCGAAUAAAUUGGUUUUUUUUUUUU